GCAGGUGUGGAAUUUCAGUUUACCAUUUUAUAUUGAUUGCAUUAUGACGACCGUUCCGCAUCAAUUGGAACCCACAGAUUCAGAGAACCAGUUGACAGAAGGGUCAGAAGUUUUGACUUACCAAGACAAAAUCAGCAUUGAACGAAGAGAUAGUUUAUUGUACCAAUUCUACAAACAGAACAUCUUCUGUGAUGUGACUCUGGUGGUUGGUAAAACUCACAUUCGAACACACAGUGUUAUUUUGGUCUCUGCGUCCGAAUAUUUCCAAGGAAUGUUUGCUUCCAGUUGCCAAGAAAGUAACAGCAAAAUUAUCGAUUACACAGACAUGUUUGCAGAUGCAGAUGUCUUGAAGUCCAUUAUUGAAUAUAUGUAUACCGGGGAAAUUUCUUUGAAGAUAGAUUCCAUUGUCGAGGUGCUUCACGCCUCAGAAUAUUUUUUGUUAACAAUGCUAAAAUGGAUUUGUUCAGAAUUCCUGGCUUUAAAUUUGAAGCCUUUAAAUUCUCUGAUGACUUGGAAACUUAGUCACUUGUACAACCUAAAACAAUUGAAGGUAAUCGUUGGUGCACUUUUAGAAGAAGUAUUUUGUAGGGAAGUUGUUGAAAAUACUGAUAUGAGGCAUUUUCCUGCCUUUUGUAUCCAAGAACUGAUCGAUCACCAAUCAGUAUUUCGUUGGUCAAAACCUGAAGAUAUCAUUUUCUUGAUUACAAAGUGGUUAGGUGUAGAUGAUAACAGACGGAUCAGUGCAAAGAAAUUAUUGCUGAACUAUUUAGAAAAACGAGGAUUUAACUCAAUCUUAUACAGAGUCAAUAGAAUAACACAGCUGAAACCAUUUUCUCAUAAUAAUACUGGCUUUUCCAAAAUGAAUUCGGUGGAAAUUAAAAAUAAUUUAAAACAAGAAAACAAAUUUUUUCAACGGCAGCAAGAUACGUGGACUAUUCUGAUUGGUGAAAAAUUGCUGCCAGAAGCAGUAAGUUUUUUCUGUGAAAAAUCCCAAAAUUGGAUUGUUAAAACUCUUCCGAAUCUCUCCGGUGUGCCACUCGGAAUAGUUGAUGGAAAUUAUUUAGUCUUGCAUAUUUCAGAACAGCUUGGUAUUGAACUUGUGAAUCUUACAACACAGCGUAAGUAUAUUAUUAGAUCCACCGUGUUCUCUGAUCUGCUUUCCGAAUCAAGAACUCGUUCUGAAACAUGUAAAAUUGUAUUUUAUUGCUAUUCCGGUAAAAUAUAUGCAAAUUUUAUGAAGGUCUGUGAAAAUCCAGUUAGAUCAUUGUGCCUUCGCAUAUUCAAUUAUAAUAUUAUCAGUGAUAAUUGGAGCCAAAUUGGCUCCCUCAGAGAAAAUCUGAAUACUUAUUGUCAUUUUGACAACUGUUCAUUCUAUUUUAGGGAAUGGCAUUUAAUCAUUCCUUUUGAUGGACAUUUAUUCUUUGGAAUCGGACUCCAGACAAGCCGAACACAGAACAUUUCUGAAAGCACUCCAGUAGAAGUUGACUGUGACAAAGAGCAGAUAAUUUUAAUAAAAUGUAACUUAAAUAAAGUUAUUUGUCAUGUUUGGUGUACCAGAGUAUUGAAGAAUUUUGAAUAUUCUGGAUUCUCGUCUGCUUUUAUUUUGAAAAACAGAAUAAUUUUUAUAGAACCAGCUUCAGAACAGAAACUGUUUAAUCCCAGUGACUUCUCUCGAACUAUAGUAACUAUAGAAUGUUAUUCUGUUGAAUUAGAAUCAAAGAACUGGAUUCGAGAACGAUUUAACAUUCCUAUUCCUGAAAUGUCCUUCUUACCUCUCGAUCUGUUUAAAUUUACUAAUGUGAAAUUUCCUUCGUUUAUUUCUAAGAUUGUAGAUCAAAAAAUUGUUUUGGCAGUUCACAAAGCCCCUUACAUAUUUCAAAUCUAUGUAUUCGAUCUCUUAAGUUAUAGUUGGACCACUUUACCGCCAUGCAAUCUUCCUGCAGUAUCACAGAUAAAAUUGUCGUACACAAGAUCUUAUAAACCAAUCUGCCAGUUAGUGAAACAUACUUCAGAAAAGAACUUGUUAUUGACAAACAGCAUACCUUUUCACUCCAUCUCUCUUGGAGUAAAGCAAGAUUCUGAAUUGUAACAUCUCAAACAAUUACAUCAAAGGAAGGUCAUUUUAGCCAUUCAAGAACAAAGGCAAAAUAUUGAAUUCACUUUUGGUUAUUUCUGAAUAUUACUGUUUACUAUAGAGUAUCAGGAAGUUUUGUUGCUCUUCUGCAUCCUGGUCCUCAAACAAUUUCACUGGAACUCCUUUUGUGUUAGUCACCAGAUCAGAGAAUGUGACAAAAUUUUCACAUUUAUAAUAGAAUUAAGUUCUUGUGUUCUUAAAUAACUAAAGUGAUUCUUCCAUGCUCUAACUGCAGAUUGAAUUACAUGUUUUAUUAACUCUGUGAAUACAGAGUUCCUGACUGCCAUUUAACCAAAAUUUCUUGUGGUUCAAAUUCCAUCAAAGUUAACUGGGUUCAUGAGAUUAAAAUCCAAAUAUUUUUUAUCAAGUCAGCUACUCUACUUUCAGACGCAGAAUAUCGGUCCCAGCAUAUGCUGAUUAUGUUCAAAGGAUUAAUAUAUCAAUCUCUGUAGCUAAAACUGAAUUAUAUUUCCAUAGAACUCUUUUACAAAUAUGCCUGGUGGUAUUCAACUUGAAAAUGCAUGUUAUAAAUUAAAAUACUUCAAUAAAUAAAUUUCAAACAUUUUUCUUUAUUUGCUGAUGCAAACCAUCAUGAGCUAGAGUUACAGGUACAUGGCAUGAACUAGAAGUUAGGGUAUUGGUCUCGUAUACGGAGCUAUACAGGUACAGCUAAGUAUACAACAAUGACUUGGGGGUGAAGGUUAUCUCUGUGACUGACUGGCACGCCAUUUCAGGUGGAAACUUCUCUUAGCGUAAAGUCCUGAAAAUCUGAAUGAGCCCUGUAGUUUCAAAACAGUUUUUAAACAAUUACAAUUAAUUAUUUGAUUCAUUAAAAAGUGGUGAGCUGGAAGAAUCACUGGUGCAUUGGAUAAAUUCUGUUGCAGUAUUUUUUCCGAGGUCUUUUACAUUUUGAAUUCAAAUCCUAGCAAGGUCGACUUUGCUUUUAUUCUUACAAAGUAGAUAAAAUAAAAACCAGUCAAGUACUGGGGUCAAUGGUGUAGUCUAAUCCCGUUUCCCUCAAAAUGCGCUGACAUUGUGUGUAAAUUAAGUCAUAAUUAUUCAUUAAAUAAAAGAUAUCAUGAAUUAAA